GCUGACAUCAGGAGGGAGGUGGAUCCUGGCAAUGGAUCCAGUGAGAGGAGAGCAGUGAGGGACAGGGAGAGGCAGAGGCAGAGGCGAGCCAUGGAGCUGAAGAGUCCAGUGCCAAGUGCUCUGGAUAGCAGGCACUCACUGAGGAGCUAUGGGGCUGUGCAGGAGACAGAGUGGAGCAUAGCAGCCGUGGGCAAAGAUCACCUCGACAUCGUCUCGAUGGCCGACUUGACCAUGACCCCAGAUGAAAUUGAAAUGGAAAUGGUACGGAUCCAGCGACUUCGAGAGGUGUUGGUGAGGAGGGAAUCAGAACUGCGCUUCAUGAUGGAUGACAUUCAACUUUGUAAAGAUAUAAUGGAUCUGAAGCAGGAGCUCCAGAAAUUGGUCUCAAUUCCAGAAAAGGAAAAAGACCCAGAAAACAAGCAAAAAGAGGAUGCACUAAUCUACAAAAUCCAGAAGUUAGUGGAAAAAAGGGACUUUCUGGUGGAAGAUGCAGAGGUGGAGAGAUUAAGGGAAAGGGAAGAGGACAAAGAAAUGGAAGAGUUUCUCCAAUCGAAGUUACGGCCACUGAAAAAUCUACCUAAAGCACCUUUGGAGUCUCCAAGGGGGAAGCCCGUGGUUCCUGAACCCCCAGUGAUCAAACCGUCCAUUACCAAAGUAGGAAUGGCGUUGAUAAGAGAUUGCUGUGGAACUACACAGUGCAGUGUCAUGUAGUUUUCACCAACCAAGUUUGACUCUUAACUCUAAAGUGUGUUUGUGGAAGAGAACAGUACCCAAGAUGGAUGAAAAUCACCAGAAUGGUAAUCGUGCUCAACCAGACUAUGACCUACCAUAUUCAG